UUUUUUUUUUUUUUUUCGGCGAGGCUGGUAAAAAAGAGCUUGAUACGUAUCGGAUUGGAAGAUCUUCGCAAAUUCAUUUUCUUUUCCCAUCCUUCGCGUCAACUAUCACCUAACACUAUCAUUAUUUCCUCCCGUCUACUUCUUUCGCGUUCGUCAUAAAUAGCGACGUUCUAAAAAAAAAAAACCCCCUAACCUGCCGCACUUCAGGAAUUGUCUUUCAUCGGAAGACAAAAUCUUAGUUAGGCAAUACAUACAUACAAUACAUAGCAUAGUACAUACAUCGUACUAAAGCAGCUCCACAACACAACUCCACUCUCUUCGCGCAUCAUGGCGGGUUAUAAUCCGCCUGGUAGCAGCGAUUCAAACGGUUUGCACGCAAUGCUUCUUCGCUUACAAGCUCAACGCAAUGCGCAGAGAAGCGACGAUUCUUCCCACGCCGCGAAUGAGUUACUUUCACGAUUCUCGUCGUACAAUCAAGGCGUAGAUUCUCAAGACUAUUAUAGUCAUAGCCAUUCGGCUACGGAAUCUCCUCUGAUAGGGUUAGACGAAUUUCCUCCGCCUGCUCCGACACCCCCCAGUAACCCGAGCAGCUUCGCACACUCACACCAUCCCACUGGGCCAAUGGGACUGGGUCCAAUUGGCACUAUGCCUUCCAACGCCUCCAACAAAAUUGAUCAGAGUUCGCACCUAUUGAACCUCCUGAAGUUUAGCGGACAGAAUGCUCAGUCGGUGUCACAAACCUCGCCGCCUGGUCAUUCACAACCUCAAGCGCCCUCGUUUGAUGUUUCCGCUGGCAUAACUCAAUCGAAUAACCCGCCGCCCAUCCAUGCACCGGUGCCGAUGCCUGCUGAUCCCCAAGGUCUUCUGGCUACUCUUAUGAAGGGAAAUUUGCAGAAUGACUCUUCGCGAACAGAGCCUCAGGCUUCCCCCCAGCAGACCUGGAACACAGGUCUACCUUCGAUGGAUACUCAAGCAUAUCUACUCAAUUUGCUACAUCGACCGAAGCCUGCACAAAAUGACCAACCAUCAUCUGUAAACGAGUCAUCUCAACCUCCGACAUUGACUCCGCAGUCAGCCAAUGGUUCUUCCGUCGACCACCUCAAGGAGUAUACUCCUACUAAGCAUGGUCAUUCUGAUGCUGGUUCGCAUGAUACGACGCCGAUGCCUUUCAGAUUCGGAUCGAGGGAGCACGCUGAAUCCCCUACUACUAAAUUUGAAUAUCAUUCUCCUGUAUCCCAAUUCUCGCAGCUGUCUCAGCACGACAGUAGUCGCAAGUCUUCUAGAUAUGACCAUAAUUCGUUUGAGGCAGUCAGUACACUCUCGUACCAGAAUACUGCAUCCAAGUCUUCAACGCCGAACGCGCCAGUCAACCCUGGUCAAAUUCUAUCCGAGCUUCCCGCACCGAUCGCUUUCAAAAUUGCUAAGAAGACCCCUAGUGUUGCGUCUUCUUCCGGAGCUGCUCAGGAACAUAAGCGACUUGGCAGUCAACGAAGUCCUAUUACGAGCCCAGACCAUGUCAGGCGGAAGCUUAACGACUCUCCCCAGUCUAUCACCGAGCAAGAAGCUAUCUCUCCCAGUAAAGCAGCUCUUAUUAUUCCCUCACCUACCGAGGAAAAGAGCACAGAGACUGUGGCAGAAGCAAUCAACGGCCUUGCCGAAAAAGUCGACAGGGAAGCUCAAGAAGCCAUAGAAAGGGCUGAAACCGAAGAGGUACAAGCUAAGAUUGCCGCCGAACUUGAACACAUGAUGAGGGCGAAAACUGAUGCUGAGUUCCAGGAUCUGGCUGAGGCAGCAGCGAGAGAUAUCCAGAAGGAGCUUAACAAGGAAGAGAAUUCUCAUGUACUCGAGGAUACAUACCCGCCAAGAGUAGCACAAUCAAUUCGCGAGAUUGUCGACGAUGCGGCCCACGGCCCUGUUGCAGACAGCUGGGAAAGCGCCGAAGCUGACGAGAUUGUCGUAAUUGAAGAGACUUCAAAUCCCGUGAAGGUUUAUAACUUCCCCAUGAAGCCGUGGAUUUCAAUCACUAUGCAGGAGACGGAAGAAUCCCGUCCCCAAUUCCGCGACGAAGUCAUUCUCGAUAUUGCGCGUCUGAAGAAGGAAUUUGACCAAAUUGAUCGAAAUCUUGUCACUGCCACUGAAUCCUACAUGGUUUACGGCAUGUCUAAGGCUGGUGGACUUCGUGUGAUACGACAGGAUGACGGUAAGGACGCCAAACUAUUCACUGACACGAAAGACCGAAUCUUCAAUGUAGCCAUGUCAUCUACCCCAUCCGACCUCCAUUCCACGCCAAAGGAAUCCAUUAUCGGUACUGGUAUUAGCGGAACAGUCUACUACGUUGAGAUCAAAAAUGGUGAUAAAGACCAUUUGGACGAUGCCCAUCCGGAGCAGUAUGGAUUUAUCCUCCCCCCGCUUACCAUCUCCCAAGAGGGCGGUGGUGAUAACGGAGGUGUUUUAAAGACCAGAGCUAAGACCUCGUCUACUCACCCAGAAUUCUUCGCUGUCGGCCGUGGAAAAACGAUUAACAUCAUUUGGCCGUCGUAUAUUAUGGCCAACGGUAUUUUCAAGUCCGGCCAUGAUCGUGUUGUUGAUACCGAAAAACUCUAUAGAGACUGUUCGCUCAGGAUCAGCACAGGCAAGGCAGGCAAGGACUUCACCUUCAGUCAAGAUGACACUACCAUUGUAUCCCUUGACAAGUCCGGCCGCGUUAAGUUUUGGGACGUGCGGGAUUUAACUGCGGCCGAUGAGAACUCUGACCCUUGGUCUCCUAUGCCUGCCCACAAUUCCCUCGAAGUCAAGGAACCGCUUAUGACCCUGAAUACCACCCCUGAAGGAGAGAAAGCCUGGCCAACCUCUGUGUUAUUGCUGGAUAAGCAACGGCCUUACCAGAAGGGAUGGGCCCUACGGUAUAUGAUCGUGGGUAUGAAGCAAAACCAUACGCUACAGCUAUGGGACCUUGCCUUAGGUAAGCCGGUGCAAGAGUUCAACCUUCCACAUGCGAAAGAGUCGGAUCCGGUAUGCAGCGUCAUGUAUCACCCUCCCUCCGGUAUGAUUGUAGUGGGCCACCCGACACGUAACUCAGUUUAUUUCCUUCACUUGUCGGCACCAAAAUACACGAUUAAGGGUCUGUCUCAGGUUGACUACAUCCAAAAAUUGGUAGUAAAGGAUCCAUCAAUCCCAGAGCCCGAUUCGACUGCUGUAAUUAGCGGUAUACGCGAGUAUUCGUUCGCCAACAAAGGUGUACUUCGCAGCCUCGAUAUAUUGAUCAACCCUGCCACGUCACCCGAUAACGAUGAGCAGAGUCUUUUCGAGUUGUAUGUGAUGCAUUCGAAGGGUGUCACUGGAAUCGUUGUGAAGCAGAGUGAGCUCGGUUGGUCGAAAGAUAAUAAGGUUAUUGAUGGUGUUGAUGCUGCCGAGGCCGGCUUGGUCAAGAUUACGAAAUUAAAAGAGCUACCCAGCCCUCCGGUGUCUGAACCUCAGUCCACAGAAGAUCACAGCCCUCCUUUCCGAACUCGGCCUGUGAAGGAGACGCCCCCACCACAACUCACAACAGGUUCUUCUGCCCAAGAGCCAAGUCAACGGGGCGGUGAUACCCAACCCCUCACUGGACAAUCCGAGCGUAAAGAGACUGUGGCCCCAGUCACGCCAGCCAGCCAACUAGAGAAGACAGAGAAGAAAGCUCGAAAGAAGCGAGAUAGAGCUGCCGCUGUUGCCGGCAAGCUAACCACAGAGAAUAUGCAUGCAAACGGCAGUUCACAAUCACGAGGUGAUUCGACUCCCUCGAAGCACUCAGAGAAGUCCUCUACGUCUUCACCCCAGCCUCUCAUAUCGCAGGAAGCUAUCCAGUCAACGGUCAAACAGAUAGUGUCUGGCCUUGGCGACAAGCUUACUGGAGUUAUCAACAGCGAGUUCAAGGAUCAUCGGGAAACUGUCGACAGUGAAUUCCGCGCGCGUGACGACAAGUUCACCAAGAAUCAACACCUAUUACUGGAGAAAGUAUCUAACGUGCUGAAUGCCAAUGUCCAGGCUGUACUCACUAAGACCAUCAGUGAUCAAUUCGAGACCGAUGUGGUACCUAUUCUAAGUGCUCUGAUCACGAAGACAAUUUCGGAACAGAUUGAUGGGAAGAUGAUUGGUCGAGUUUCGCAUUCGAUUCAAAAUCAGAUGCAAAAGCUUCUCCCAAAUGCUGUUAACCAGGCACUCCAAAAGCCAGAGCUAUCCAAGUCUAUUUCCGAUAAGGUUGCUAGCAGUGUAGCCGUCGAUUUGGAGAACUUUCGCCAGUCAUUCUUGGCUACUAUCACCCCUCUCAUCAACGACACGGCGGUCACAUCUUCUCGUUCUAUUAUCCAAGAAGUGCAAGAUCGAACCGCCGAGCACAUUGCAGAACUUGAACGACGACAUAUCGCUGACAGCAAUAAGAUCGACCAGCUCACAGUACUAGUAACCAGUCUUUCUGACACUGUCACCGCCAUGGCCACUACGCAGACACAGUUCCAAGAUAGCCUUCUAAAGAUGCAGCAGCAGAACUCGCGUGAACCUGGCUCUAACAUACAGCAUCAACCACCCCAAGCCCACUACGCCCAACCCCUACAAUCUCAGUCGUUUUUGCACGGUAGUCCUACGGCAAACACUUCUCUUCCAAUGGCGCCAUUUGCAUCGAACAAUUCUAGCGUCAGAGAGCCAUCGAAUUCUCGGGACCCCGAGCUUCAGCAUAUGAUUGCCAACGUCGCAGCGCUUAUGGAGAGGGGUGAAUAUGAGACCGGAUUAGUGCGAUGGAUUCAACAAGGCCGCCACCCGGAAGUCUUCAACGAAUAUCUUGUCAAGCUAGACCCCCAGUUUCUCCGCGAAUUGCCAGCUCUAGUGUCACUCUCUGUGGCAUCCGUCAUUGCCGAACAACUAGACGGCCCCCUCCUUAGGGAGAAAAUCAACUGGGUGGAAGCAGUCAUUCGCAUCUUACAUGCAUCACUCCCACACAUAGUUAGUGACCAACCUAAAUCCAAAGAUAACAACUCUAAACAAAAUACCCUACAGGACCCUCAGGUUCGCGACGUGGUUCCGAAUCUCAUGCGCUCCUAUCUCGACCGAUUCGACAAGCUGUACAUUCAGAUCAGCAGCCGAUCUCCAUCGGAUCCCAUUUUAGGGCGACUCUCUACGAUGACUACUAUGGCGAGACAAGUAAGAGAUGCUAUCGCCCUUCAUCGCCUCGGUUAUUAGCCUAGUCUUCUGUCACAGCCUUGCGGGGGUCGCAUAUUCAUAACGGGUAGAAAGCGCCUUGAUUAAUCUUCAAUUGGUAUUCCCAACGAUUUUUAUUCUCUUUCCUCCGAUGAUCCAGUACAGUCUCGUUGUUGAGUCGCUCUUGGGCCAAUACUCGACGUUUUUUUUAUUUCCAACGACGGAUAAUCAGGCGUUCAUAGUCUUGGAGGGAGAGGCCCUUGAUGCUCAGGGUAUUUGACUUGAGCACCAUGAUUGAUGAACAACAUUAACUAGUCAGACAUAUAACACAUAAUGUUGCAAUUGUUGCUUCUAGUUCUCAUUGCACAUAGCUUUCACUUGCAAAUAUCACCACGGUCAACAUAUGAUCGUAACGACGGGUUUUCGGUUUUUCACGCGGAAUGAUACCCAUCCGGUGGAUGUCUUUACGCUUGGCGUACUAGAUGGCAUAGUUUUUAUGAAAAGUUUCGAUCGUUUAUAUUACUGCCCGUUGAGUAUCUCCACGUUGAAUUUGGUUGUAUCGUGAAUGGCAAUGCAUCGUAAGCGAAAAUAUGCCCGAAAUAUUCGUAGACACGCAGCCCCUUAAAAAGGCUAAAGUUCCAUGAAUCAAUCAAC